AGCCUUGAAUUGAGACGAAUUAAAAGAAGGAAAAAAGCAGAUAAGAUAAGUGCAAUAAGAAAGAAGAAUGGCUGCUGCAACUGCUUCUUGGAUUAUCUUGGCAGCAGACGAGGGUUGUUUUCAAGGAUUAUCUGUUCUUCUUCCCCUGUCGUAAUCUCAACGAAGGAACAAUCUUAACCGGAGAGAUCGGGUUUUCUCGUAGGUUGUGAUGCGUCGUGGGUUGAUUUCCAUUUCACGUUCAAGUCUCCUUCGACCCUUUCAAUGGCAUCUAUCCACAGCCACAGCCACAGCCACAAUCACACCUCCUCCCGAUGACGCCACCGUUCGGCAAACGCUCCUCUCCUUCAACAACGACUGGAAGCGCGCCCUCGAGUUCUUCAACUGGGUAGAAGACUCCCACUCCCAGUUCCAUCACUCCACUGACACCUUCAACCUCAUGCUCGACAUCCUCGGUAAGUUCUUCGAGUUCAAGCUCUGCUGGGACCUCAUUCGCCGCAUGAACGCCCACCCCUCCUCUCCCCCCAACCACGCCACCUUCCGUCUCAUGUUCAAGCGCUACGUCUCCGCCCACUCCGUCAACGACGCCAUCGACACCUUCAAUCGCCUCGGUGAAUUCAACCUCAAGGAUCACACCUCCUUCUCCAACCUCCUCGACGCCCUCUGCGAGUACAAACACGUCAUCGAGGCUCAGGACUUGCUCUUCGGAAACGACAACCGCGUGACCCUCAGCGUCGACCCAAUCGGCAACACCAAGAUCCACAACAUGGUUCUCCGCGGCUGGUUCAAAUUGGGGUGGUGGAGCAAGUGCAACGAGUUCUGGGAGGAAAUGGACAAAAAAGGGGUUCACAAGGACUUGCACUCUUAUUCAAUUUACAUGGAUAUUCUCUGCAAAGGUGGGAAACCUUGGAAGGCUGUGAAAUUGUUCAAGGAGAUUAAAAAAAAAGGUUUCAAAUUAGAUGUUGUGGUUUAUAACAUUGUCAUUCGAGCCAUUGGUCUAUCACAUGGAGUUGAUUUUUCAAUUAGGGUUUUCCGUGAAAUGAAGGAGUUGGGUAUCAACCCCACUGUUGUCACUUACAACACAUUGAUUAGGCUUCUGUGUGAUUGCUAUAGACACAAGGAGGCACUUGCGUUACUCCGAACCAUCAUGCCCCGUGAUGGCUGCCACCCCACUGCCGUUUCUUACCAUUGUUUUUUUGCCUCCAUGGAGAAGCCUAAACAGAUACUUGCUAUGUUUGAUGAGAUGGUGGAGAGUGGGGUUAGGCCCACCAUGGACACCUAUGUCAUGCUCCUCAACAAGUUUGGGAGGUGGGGGUUUCUUCGCCCGGUUUUUAUGGUGUGGAAUAAGAUGAAGCAACUUGGGUGUAGUCCCGAUGCUGCGGCUUACAAUGCCUUGAUAGAUGCUCUUGUGGACAAGGCCCUCAUAGAUAUGGCUAGGAAGUAUGAUGAGGAGAUGUUAGCCAAAGGACUUUCGCCUAAACCAAGGAAAGAGUUGGGGACAAAGCUGUUGGCUGCUGAUGAAUCUCAAAGUACCAUACAGACACAACACUACUAGGAGUUAGGAGAGGUGGAAGGGGAAGUUAGUUAAGACAGUUAGGAUGUUAGUUAGUUAGUCAAGGAGUGAGGUAAAAAAUAGAGGAAUGUAGAGGAAGGGGAUUCAUUCAUUUGUGCUUUGCUCUUUGUGAAAGGAGGCAUCCUCUAAUUUUUACUAGUUGUAGGUAUUUUCCCUUUUUAUUUUCACCAUUUUGAAGGUGACGUAUACCUUUAGAUUAGAAGACAAUUAAAAGUGGCGCAAAUUCAUUUAGUUGAGAAUAUGGAAUUCAGCGAUGUUCUUCCUUAGCAUGAUUAUCCGUUAAGUUAAUGGUUUGUUUUUCAUCCU